AUGCGUACAAGAGCUGACAAGGGGAUGCGUACAAGAGCUGACAAGAGGGUGAGUAUAAGAGGUGACAAGGGCAUGAGAACAGGAGCUGACAAGGGGAUGAGUACAGGAGCUGACAAGGGGAUGCGUACAAGAGCUGACAAGAGGAUUGGGUUGAACAUACACCAGAACACCGGAACACAAGAACACGGGAACACCGGGCCACAAGAACACCGGAACACCAGAACACCACAACACUGGAACAACAGAACUCCGGAACGCCACAACACCGGGACACAAGAACACCUGAACACAACAACACCGGGACACCAGAACACCGGAACACCGGGACACCACAACACCGGGAAACCACAACACCGGAACACCACAACACCGGGACACUGCAACACCAGGACACCACAACACCGGGACACCACAACACCGGAACACCACAACACCGGGACACUGCAACACCAGGACACCGGGACACCGGGACACCAUAACACCGGAACACCACAACACCGGGACACCAUAACACCGGAACACCACAACUCCGGGACACCAGAACACCGGAACACUGGGACACCGGAACACCGGAACACCACAACACCGGAACACUACAACACCGGGACACCAGAACACCGGAACACCGGGACACCACAACACCGGAACACCGGGACACCACAACAGCGCACCACAACACCGGGACACCACAACACCGGGAAACCACAACACCGGAACACCGGGACACCACAACACCGCACCACAACACCGGGACACCACAACACCGGGACACCACAACACCGGAACACCAGGACACUGGAGCACCACAACACCAGGACACCACAACACCGGGACACCACAACACCGGAACACCGGGAAACCACAACACCGGGACACCGGGACACCACAACACCGGGACACUGCAACACCGCACCACAACACCGGGAAACCACAACACCGGGAAACCACAACACCGGAACACCAGGACACUGGAGCACCACAACACCAGGACACCACAACACCGGGACACCACAACACCGGAACACCGGGAAACCACAACACCGGGACACCGGGACACCACAACACCGGGACACUGCAACACCGGGAAACCACAACACCGGGACACCGGGACACCACAACACCGGGACACUGCAACACCGGAACACCGGGACACCACAACACCGGGACACCACAACACCGGAACACCACAACACCGGAACACCGGGAAACCACAACACCGAAACACCACAACACCGGGACACUGCAACACCAGGACACCACAACACCGGGACACCACAACACCGGAACACCACAACAACGGGACACUGCAACACCAGGACACCGGGACACCGGAACACCACAAAACCGGAACACCACAACACCGGGACACCAGAACACCGGAACACCGGGACACCACAACACCGGAACACCACAACACCGGAACACCACAACACCGGGACACCAGAACACCGGAACACCGGGACACCACAACACCGGAACACCGGGACACCACAACAGCGCACCACAACACCGGGACACCACAACACCGGGACACCACAACACCGGGACACCACAACACCAGGAAACCACAACACCGGAACACCGGGACACCACAACACCGGGACACCACAACACCGGGAAACCACAACACCGGAACACCAGGACACUGGAGCACCACAACACCAGGACACCACAACACCGGGACACCACAACACCGGAACACCGGGAAACCACAACACCGGGACACCGGGACACCACAACACCGGGACACUGCAACACCGGAACACCGGGAAACCACAACACCGGGAAACCACAACACCGGGAAACCACAACACCGGGACACCGGGACACCGGGACACCACAACACCGGGACACUGCAACACCGGAACACCGGGAAACCACAACACCGGGACACCACAACACCGGGACACCACAACACCGGAACACCACAACACCGGAACACCACAACACCGGAACACUGGGAAACCACAACACCGGGACGCCACAACAUCGGGACACCACAACACCGGAACACCGGGAAACCACAACACCGGGACACCGGGACACCACAACACCGGGACACUGCAACACGGGAACACCGGGAAACCACAACACCGGGACACUGGAACACCGAAACACCGGGACACCACAACACCGGGACACUGGAACACCAGGACACUGGAAUACCACAACACCGGGACCCACAACACCACAACAAUAGGGCACCAGGACACCAGGACAACGGGGCACCGAGGCACUGGAAUACCACAACACCGGGGCACUGGAAUACCACAACAAUAG